UUUGCCAUUUUUUCCAUCUCUCUCCCCUUCUCUCUCUCCAUCCACCUCUCUCUCACUCUCUCUCUUUUUUCCUCUGCUCUCCUUUCUCAAAAAAGCCAUGACGGCGAUCCCGCGAUCCAUCUUCGCCUCCGCGCAAUCUUUAUAUUAUUUCUAAUUUAUUUUAUUUUUUUUCCCUUCCUCUUGUGGAUGUCAGAGGCGUUGGAUGAAGAUAUUUUUUUGCCCCACCGGAGUCUCCUCUCUAACCCCGGCUCUCCCCGAUGUGAUCCGCGCUGAACGCCGCAGCCGCCAGCCACCAUGUCUCGCCGCAAGCAAGGCAAACCCCAGCACUUAAGCAAACGGGAUUUUUCGCCAGCAGCCGAGCCCCUCUCCACGGCCGUCAUCUCGUCGGAGGAGCUGUCGGAGCGCUGCUCGGAGCACUCGGAGGAGAGCGGCAGCCUCAACGGGCACCACCCGGGCUCGGCCGUGGGCCGGCUGGCCCGGCUGGGUCACGACGCCCACCCGUCCCUGGAGCAGGACCUGCUGACCUGCGGCCAGUGUCAGGCCACCUUCCCCCUGGCGGACAUCUUGCUCUUCAUCGAGCACAAGAGGAAGCGAUGCCACGGCCCGCCGUGCCUGGCCGUGGGCAGGGGGCUGGACAAGCCGCCCUCGCCCUCCCCCGGCCUGGCCCUCACCCCCUCGCCCGCCCUGGGCCCCCUGCGCAGCCGGAGGCCCGUGGAAGUCGGGGUCCAGGCCACGUUGGCGGAUGAGGACGAGGAUCGGUUCUCGUCUCCCCGGGGAAUCUGCCCCAAACAGGAGCCGCUCCCAGAUAAAAGACUCCUUGUGAUCAAGACCUCUUGCACAAGGGCGACCAGGCCAGGAACUCAACCGCACACGUCAGGUAAGGAGGAACCGACCACCUAUACCUGCACUACAUGUAAGCAGUCGUAUGGCAGCGCCUGGUUCUUGCUGCAGCACGCUCAGAACACCCACGGCUUCCGUAUCUACCUGGAAAGUGAACACGGCAGUCCUCUCACCCCGCGCAUGGGGGGGCCCUCGUCCCUCGGCGGAGGCGCGGACUGCCCCUCUCAGCCCCCGCUUCACGGCCUCCACCUGCCUCCCGACGCAAGCCCCUUCAACCUCCUUCGCAUCCCCGGCUCGGGCUCAGGUGGAAGGGACAGUGUCGGAGUGGGCAGCUCUAUUGGCGCCGGUGGUCCCGCUGGUGGGGGCCAUCAUCAACGCUUCCCUCCGACGCCGCCCCUCUUCAGCCCCCCUCCGAGGAACCACCUGGACCCUCACCACCUGAGCCCAGAGGAGCUGGCGCUGGCAGCCCACCACCCGAGUGCCUUUGACAGGGUGCUGCGCCUCAAUCCUCCUCUGCCUCUGGACCCCCCUCCAACAAUGGACUUCUCAAGGCGGCUACGGGAACUGGCGGGCAACACCUCAGGGUCCACUCCCCCGCUGUCCCCCAGCCGGCCCAGCCCGAUGCAGCGCUUACUCCAGCCAUUCCAGACCGGAGGAGGAAGCGGAGGCACAGGAGGCGCCGGGGGCAGCAAACCUCCAUAUCUCGCCACUCCGCCGCCCCUCACAGGCUCCAUGCAGUCACCCGUGGGCUCCCAAACCACUCCUACGACCCCCCUCCCCUCGGCAGGGACGACGCCCUCCUCCGCCGCGCAGUUGAAAUCAAAGUGUUGCGAGUUUUGCGGCAAAGCUUUCAAGUUCCAGAGUAAUUUAAUAGUGCACCGGCGCAGCCACACAGGAGAAAAGCCGUACAAAUGCCACUUGUGCGACCACGCUUGUACACAAGCUAGCAAACUGAAACGCCACAUGAAGACGCACAUGCACAAAUCCUCCUCGCCAAAUGCGGGCAAGUCUGAAGACGGGCUCUCGGCAGCAUCUUCUCCCGAGCCUGGCACCAGCGAGCACCUGGGCAGCGCCAGCAACGCCCUCAAGUCGGUGGUGGCCAAGCUUAAAAGCGAGAAUAACCGCAUGCUACGAGAAAACGGGGAGGAGGAGGAGGAAGAGGAGGAGGAGGAGGAAGAGGAGGAGGAGGAAGAAGAAGAGGAGGAAGAGGAGGAGGAGGAGGUAGAAGAGGAGGAGGAGCAGAAUGGGGAGAGGGCAGCCAGGAGAACCAACAACAGCUAUCACUUCGGCUUGAACCUCGAAGCGGCACGUCAGCAUGAGAACAACGGCGGCAUCGGAAGCCGCCUGGGAGGAGUGGCCGAUGAGGUGUCCAUCCCUCGCUCGCUGCCCGAGGUGAUGCAGGGCAUGGGCCUGGCCGCUAGCAUGCAGCACUUCAGCGAAGCCCUCAACGCGCACAAACGGAACGCCAUGGCCCAGGAGAACCACCUGCACCAUCAUCUCAGUCGAGACCAUCGCCACAGUCGCGAGAUAUGCGACGGAGACUCGGUGUUGGAAACGGACCGCGGCGAGGAGGGCUCCGUCUCGACGGUCAACGGGCGGGGGGCGUCCCCCAACGAGUCCGCCUCUGUCGGCCUCUCCAAGAAACUCCUCCUGGGCAGCCCCAGUCCGCUCAGUCCUUUUACGAAACGCAUCAAGAUGGAGAAGGAAUUUGACCUGCCCACUCCCACAAUCCCUAACACUGAGAACGUCUACUCCCAGUGGCUGGCCGGCUACGCCGCCUCCCGACAACUCAAGGACCCUUUUCUGAACUUCGGGGAUUCCAGACAAUCGCCCUUUGCGUCUUCGUCCGAGCAUUCGUCAGAGAACGGCAGCCUGCGUUUCUCGACUCCUCCGGGGGAACUGGAUGGCGGGAUGUCGGGCCGCAGUGGCACGGGCAGCGGGGGCAGCACACCGCACCUCGGGGGUCCCGGACGGCCAAGCUCCAAGGACGGCCGCAGGAGUGAUACUUGUGAGUUUUGCGGCAAGGUGUUCAAGAACUGCAGUAACCUGACAGUGCACCGGCGCAGCCACACAGGGGAGAGACCGUACAAGUGUGAGCUGUGCAAUUACGCGUGUGCCCAGAGCUCCAAACUUACUCGCCACAUGAAGACCCACGGUCAGGUGGGCAAAGACGUGUACAAGUGUGAAAUUUGUCAGAUGCCCUUCAGUGUCUACAGCACCUUGGAGAAACACAUGAAAAAAUGGCACAGUGACCGUCCUUUGAGUACCGAGAUAAAGUCAGAGUAGAAGGCCGAACAAUGGGACCUUUUCCCCCGCAGCUACGUCCGUCAACAGUCCCCUGUUUAUUCCCGGCCCCUUGUAGAUUUGCCCCAAUCCCAACACUCCACUUUCGCCAAUCGGGUGGAAGCUUAAGACCAUGUGCUCUGCACCAGCACACCCCGUUUCCAUUACCCAUCGAAUGCAUGAUCUGUAUCGGGGCAAUACUCUUGCAUUGACGCAAAACUUCGAGCCUUUCUCUUGUGCAAUAAUUUACAUGUUGUGUACUAUUUUCUUUUUUGAGUUUUCCUUUUCCAUUUUUAAGAAUUAGUCAGCAUGCAUAGUAUGUUUUUGCUAAUCAAAAAAAACACAAAAAAAAAACAAAGAAAAAGAAAAGAACUUGUCCCUGGUUGGUUAGUUGUUGAGUAAAUGUGUUGCUGUUUUUCUCUUGUUCAGUUUUUUUUCUUUUUAUUCUUCAAAAAGAGAAAAGAUAGAAAGAUACAUCCAUGCUGCAUACAUUCUGUAACACAUAUCAUGUACAGUUUUGUUUCGUAACAUGGAAACUGAUCAGUUUUUGACUUGACCCUCUUCCUACGACCCUGGAAAUGCACUUAUCCUGAUCUUUCUAAAAGACGCCAUGUACACACAGGGUUUAAAAAGGAAAAUCAUACAUUGGCUCGAUGACUAAACUGAAAGUGAUGACAGCCUUCAAAUUUCUUUCGAAAAGACAAGAAGACAAGGGUGUGCUAAGAAUUCAAUUUGUACUAUCAUUUGGUAGAAUGAAAAAGAGUGCCUUUGAUAUUCCAAGACUGCAUUGGCCAUAAUCUUAUCCGGUAAAUGUUUCGGGUCACGCUAAGUAAAGCUAGAAGGUUUAAGCCACCCAGGAAAGGUCCUUGCAUCAAGUACCUGACUGCUCAACUGGACUGUGACAACCCAUGAUGAAAGAUCAGAGAGUUAUUCUUAAUCAUCCUUUAGCUACCUAUUACAUGUUAAAUAGGCUAUCUUUAAUAUGUGGAUUUCAUGGCAAGCAUGGUACAAGCAGUAUUGUGUAUAUCUGAAUUAUUUGUGGUUUUGUUUCUGGUAAGGAGGUACUUUUGGGACGAAGGUAAUCUGUAAUGUACAAUCCUGAACUUGAGGGAUACGGCGCAUGGCUGAGAAGUGUCAUGCAUCCGCGUUAGCACAAACCUACAGCGCUGCUUCAAUACGUCAGUGUGUGGAACAAUGCAUAAAGUAAUAUAUGAGCUCCCAAAGGGGUGACUUUAUCUGAGAUCAUUGAGAGAAAUUAAAAAAAUUAAAAAAAAAAAAAAAAACUAGAAGCUAGACAGACAGAAAGCUACACAGAACUGGAAGCUACGUACGUCUUAUUACGGGGAUCAGAGGCAAUUGUCUUUCACUUUACAUUUCUAGUAUCAAAACAGGGUCAUUAAGUGUGAAUUGCAAAAAAAGAAAUAAAUAAAAAAAACUAUAUGGUAUGUGUACACUAGGGCUCUUAAAAGUAAAAAAUAAAAUGCGAUAAUUUUAAUCAGUAUGCAUAGGCUAAUCCAGGGCACCUUUUUAUUUCUUUUCUUUUUUCUUUUCUUUUUUUUUUUGCUGUCGCUUUUUUAACCCAGAACAUGAGAUUUCUGUUCCGUGAGUUUCGUUGAAGCUGUUCAUGAUCUAGCACUUGUCACUCUGCCUGAGAGUACCACUGUCCCACACUGAUUUGGUGCAUGGGUUGAGUCUAAAAAGCUUAAAAAAGAUUUGUCAUUCGCAGGACACGAAGUGCACUGUUUCCAUUUUCCCAGUUUACACGUUUCAUGCCGAGGGAAAAAAAAACAAAAAAAAAACACCUUAUUGCCGUCAAACGACGACGGCUCCGUUAUUAAAUGCAGUAAAAAGACGAGACACACAAUCUGUUGCCAGCAUUUCCAGCCUUGCGGCCCUUGACCUCUGAACCUUUCACCAUUUCACCUUUGACCGUUUUGUCAAUUUGUUCACAACUAGAAAAACCCCCCCAGAACUUAGCCUGGGCCUGAAGAUUCACCCUCAGCCAGCAGGGUCUGUACAUGAAAAGGUUUGCAGUGAUUUACAUGAGCAACCAGUUCCCGAUGUUCCAAGGUAACAUCCACGUUAUUUCAUCGCUGCUGAGUCUGAAUAAUCUACAGACCUUACUGGCUCUAAUCCUGUCGCCUCCACCACGAGAAUCCGUUUUUUUGUACAAAUCUUCCUUUAAUUAUAAAUAUCAAAAGUUGUUUUGUUUUUUUUUGUUUUUUUGGAAAUAACACUUUACCAUCUUCUAGGGGAGACUGUAUUUAAGUUUCAUUGUCGUUUUCCUCAGCGUCUUGGUGUUCGAGACUCUGAUCACAGUAUAUAUGACAUUGACGUUAAAACAAACACACAAAAAACAAACUCUGUGAUGUUUUUUUUUUUUGUUUUUUUUCUUUUGGAUUUUUUUGCCUUGGCUCUUCACAGCUCUUCAGGUUGAAAUACAAUUUGCAUUGGGGAAAGGAUUAAGAUUAUAUAUGAAUAUAUAAUAAAGAACUUAAAAUAUAGGAAAAUGCACACUCAUGUCGAUUCCUAUGCUUAAACACAUUUAUGGUCUACUUUUUCUGUAUUUCUAGAAUUGUAUUUGAAUUCAAUGUUCACUUAGAGUAGGCACUAUAGUAUUUAUAUUGAGGCUCGUAUUUUUAACUGUUGCUUGUUCUCUCUAAAGGUAUUUACCAUACCUUCUUUUGGUAGUGGAAAAAAAAAAAAUCCCAAGCUGCCACGGUAUAUUUUUUUAAUUUGGCAGGAUAAUAUAGUGCGAAUCAUUUGUAUGUUUAAAGAAAUAAAAGAUAAAAAAAAAAUAAAUAAAACAAAACAAAAAUGAAAAAAAAAAAAACAUAAAAAAGCAGCUAAAGUAUGUGGCAUUGGGAGGCGCCGCGGGGCCAUCAGAUGGCCGCCGCUCUGUUUCCUGUCCACAGAGGUGGUUGUACAUAUCUUCUUUGGUUUUUGGUUCGGACCUCCUUCCCCCCACCUCCCCCACCCGCCCACCCCUCCCUCCCUCCCUCCCUCCCACCCUGCUGCCAUUCUUGUAUGCAGUAAUGCAAGCUGACGUCGGCCUGUUCUGUUGUGUGCUUCUGUCUCUCACCCCUCCCACCUGACUACAUUCCAACAUUAAGACGAGAGGAGGGGGGGGUAAAAACCUAAAAGAGUUAAAAAAAAAAUUAAAAAAAACGUCAUAUGCAGUACAAGGAUUAAAAAAAACUUCAAAAUAAAUACAUUUAAAAGGAAAUUAAAUGUUUUGCAGUUUUUUUUUUUUGGUUUGUUUGUUGUUUUUUUUGUUUAUUAUUAUUAUUUUUUUUCAUUGCCAAAUACUAAAUGGUGCUUUAUAUUUAGAUUGGGUAUACUUUCAUAUGCAAAGCAUAUUUAAAAAUGACCCGGGGGGAUGCGGAGAAGCCUGCUUGAGUUGAGACUUUUUUGUAAAUGGCAAUGCGGAAUAUUUUGUUAUCAGCCUUUUCUAUUCCUGUUCUGAGAGCUGUUUGUUGUAACUUGAACUUGAACUUUAUCUUUUACUAUGGGAGUUACUAUUUAUUAUUACCAAUAUGCUCUGUUCAAAACGGAGACACGGAAUGGAAUUCUUUUUAUUUGAUCUUUGGUUUUUAUUUUAUUUUGGUUACGAUAUGUUGUUUUGUUUUUGUUUUUUUUUUUGUUUUGUAAUGGUGGCCGAUGGUCAUUGGACAAACCGAGCUCUUUAAUUUCUGUUGUACUUGUUUGGGGUCUCUGUUCAGUUGUAUUGGGAAAACCACUGUCUGUGUUUUCUGGCAGAUGUCUGCAUAAUCCUGUUCACACACCCAUUUUGUCCCUUUAUUGAAAAACAAUUAAUAAAAAAAAAUGAAAGUA